GACUUUCUGUCUUCCGUCUUCCCCUGUCUCCUCAUCUUCUAUACCCAGCCCCAAAAGACACCCUAUCCUCAUCAUCUUCUUUCACCUCUCGUUUCCCCUGCAAAACACAAAAAUUGGCCAAAAACUGAACCUUAGCUAUCAUAGCCAGUGUACUUUGUUUCUCCCCAUUAUCCUCCCUAAACAGAGUAACCUCGAACCCAAAAGAGAACCGGUUGAAAUGGAUAUCAACGACUUAGCUGAAAGAGCAGAGCGCCUAAGCACCGAAAGAAGCAGCCCAUCUCCAUCUGGUGGCAGAGUCAACCGACCCCAACUCAUCUCCAAUGCUGGACGCGGCAUUUCAAUGCUGUUAGGAAAGAUGCUGAGCGAGAACAAGAUUGCUUUGGCGAAGGCAGCAGGAGCUGCACGUUACGCCUGGGGGAGAUAUGGAGAAGUUGGAGUUCAACCAACCCAAGCCCAGAACCUAUUUAUCUUCACCUUCAAGGAUGCCCAAACACGAGAGAAGAUCUGGCUUGAAAGGCCUUGGAGUCUAUCAAACACAAUGACAGCUUUGGAGAAGUACGAGGGAAGAGGAGAACCAGAAGCAGCUCCGAUGAACAAGCUGGCAGUUUGGGUGCAGAUCCAUGGUCUUCACCAAAGCCAGAGAUGUGAACAGAACGUAGUCUCCAUCGGUACCUUCUACUUCAACAAAUUCAUUGAUUUGGACAGAGCUAGCCUCCAUUUCAACGGGUAUAGAAGGUUUAUUCGGAUGUUGGCUGAGGUUGAUCUCCGCGAGCCGGUCCCGACGGGAUUUGAUUUUCCAUCCACUGUGGAAGCCACGGGCCAAGAAAUCUGCGAAGUGAUUUCGUUCAAGUAUGAAAGACUGGUCGAGUUGUGUUACUUCUGUGGCAGAAUUGGCCACAACUGGCCAACCUGUGAUUGGAUGAAGGAAGAAAGGAGGAAAGGGGGAUAUGUGCAGCUCUCGGAGAUUUAUACGGCGGAGCUCAAAGCAGGGAUUGAUUCGCCGUACAGAUCGAGCGGAAGCAGGGGCAGGAGUGAAGAAGAGGAACCAAGAUUCCCUAGCACUGACCCGGAAUCUUGGAGGAAGCACUACAGCUCUGGUGAUUCGUUUUUGGGCAGGGAAGGGGCGGGGGAAGCAGAGCGUUUCUCGUCUGGAGGCGGAGAGGGAAGCUAUCCCCAAGUCCCACCUGGGUUCACAGUGAGGCGUUUGGAGGAUGAAGCUAGGGCGGAAGAAAGAAGCGGGGUGGGGAGGAUGAAGGGAAGGUUUAGAGAAGGGAUGGGGGCGAGGGACUUAUCGGCGGAGAUGGAAUCGGCGGCGGCGGCGUUCAGGGAGGCCUGCGUAUUGAAGGGGAAGAGGAACGCAGGAGGCAGGCUGAUCGAGCUUUGUUGGGCUCCCAACUUUCGCUUGGGCCUCAACCCUCUAACCCGCAAGCCCAAGUGAAUGUUAAUGUUGAGCCCAAUUUCUCUAACUUGCAGGUCCAAGGUUCUUAUCAGCAUAACCAGGAGGAAUUGGAAGGGGAUGUGGGCCGCUUUUUUAAGAAAAGAAAAGGGCUCUCCUUCAUAAGCCCAGGAGGUUCUGAAUCUGGGCUUAAUGAUGGGGCUGACCUGAAUCUGAGCCCAUCAAAUUCUGGUUUUGUUGAAGGGAUGAGUGGUAAAGAAAGGAAGAAGAAACACCACAAAAAGAAAGCCCACAUGAUCAA